AUUUUUACGCUUGGUUAAUACUGUUGAUAUAUAAAAAAAAAACAGUAUUCAAUGAAUGCUUAUGUUUGCCUAUCUUGCGGUAGAAGUUUAAACAGUGUAUUAGGAGUUUAACAAGAGGAUACCGGGUAUUAACAUGGAUAACGGUUAUUAUCAAAUGCAUGAGUACAAGGCCCCGGCGUGGGCACAACACCUGAAUCACAUACCAUCGCAUAUAGUAAAGCUGACUUCUCUGAACACUCCGAUACAUCGCUGGAGCCUUCCCGGAGUACCGGAUGGGUUCCAAGUGUUUAUCAAACGCGAUGAUCUUACUGGCGUAGAAUUAUCUGGAAGCAAGGUCCGCAUUCUACAAUUUCUGUUCGCUGAGGCCCUUAGACACAACGCUCGCCACGUGGUGACAGGGGGCUGUCUGCAGUCUAAUCACUGCCGCGCAGUAGCCCUCACAUGCCGCCAGCUGGGCUUGACGCCCCACAUUGUGGUGGCAAGGGUGUCAAAGAAAGAAGAACUCGGUGCAAAAGGAAACGCCUUGCUGUAUCGGUUGGCAGGAAGUCAUCUGUAUAUGUCUCCAACGUGCUCGUACGAAGCGUUCUCGCAGAGACUGCGCAGCCUAGCAGGUUAUAUCAGCGAUAAGUACCGGGAGCCAUGCUACUGUAUCCCGCUUGGGGGAGCCUCGUCCCCAGGUAUGUUCGCGUUCAUCACGCUCUUCCAGGAGCUCAUUGAACAGGGACUUUUUGACAACUUUGAUGACAUUGUCGUCUCUAUAGCAACAGGAUGUACAGCAGCGGGCAUUGCUGUCGGUAACUAUCUUACCGGAUCAAAACUGAGAAUCCACGCAGUUUCUAUCGCCCUAAGUAAGGAGGAGCUUACUAAACGAAUCGACCGGAUGUUGUCGGACAUAGAACUGACCCUGGGUGCAAAUGACAUCAUGGAUAUCAUAGAUGACUACAUCGGAGAGGGGUAUGGGACUGCUACGGAGGGGCUUUUAGAGACCAUCACGAACGUGAGCGCUAACACAGGAAUACUUCUGGACCCCUAUUACACUGGCAAGGGCACGCAAGGUUUACUCGAGGAACUCAAGAAAACUCCUUCAAGAUUUCAAGGGAAAAGAAUCCUAUUUAUACACACCGGUGGUAUAUUCGGGUUGUUUAACGGUGAGAUGGACCGGGUGAUGAACCUUCCGGGUAACCAUGCCUACUACAUCAAUGAGUGGCCAGAGAAAGACAUUCCUCUUGUUCAAUAAAAUACAUGUUUUACUCA